AUGUAUCUAAACUUUUGGCCGGCAGUGUACGUCGACGACGUCCUCUUCGGUCACCACGACAUCGCGGAACUAAAACGGAUUCGCGAUCAACUCAUUGGUUUACUCAAUCGCGGCGGGUUCGAACUCCGAAAGUGGGUGCUCGGAAUAGGCUGGAAUCCACGCCUCGAUGUUUUCCAAGUCGCCGUGUCCGUCUCGGAGAGCGUACUAUUCACCAAACGAGCAAUCCUCUCGACCAUUGCGCGACUAUUCGAUCCGCUCGGAUGGGUCGUUCCCGCGACUAUUUCCACGAAAAUUAUAUUGCAGCAGCUGUGGCGGUCAAAAGUCGGAUGGGAUGACCCCAUCCCGGAAACUAUCGCCUGUCGUUGGAAUUCUAUUUAUGGUAAUCUUUCUCAGUUGAACCAAGUUCGUCUCAAUCGCUGGGCGGCCCUCGAGCUUGACUCCGAGCGCGCGGACCUGCAUGGCUUCUCGGACGCCUCCAACGUCGCUUACGCCGCUGCCGUGUACCUCAGGGUAGUUUCGCGCUCGGGUGAUGUAAAAGUCACGUUACUCGCAGCAAAAUCUCGCGUGGCACCCGUCAAUUCCCUCACUGUUCCUCGCCUGGAACUGUGCGCAGCGGUUCUUCUCUCUCGGCUCAUGGAGUUCGUGCGGGAUGCGCUGGAAAUCGACCGGUCGUCUUGCAUUUGCUGGACUGACACGAUUAUCGUGCUUGCAUGGCUCGAUUGCCAUCCUUCCCAUUGGAAGACCUUUGUCGCGAAUCGCGUCGCUGAAAUCCGGUCUCGCUUGCCUGACGUGGACUGGCGAUACGUGCCAACUGCAGAAAAUCCUGCAGACUGUGCCUCGCAGGGUCUCCUCGGUUCCGAACUGCUCUCACAUUCGUUGUGGUGGCACGGUCCUCCGUGGUUACGUUCCUCUGCCAAUUCCUGGCCGCAGGUCGACCGUCAGUUACCCGCGACAUCUCUCUUAGAGACAAAACCGCACUGCGGUGUGGACUACGCGGGUCCAAUCCUCGUCCGAUCAUCCCCGGGUCGGGGACAUGCGUCACGCAAGGCUUACGUAGCGUUAUUCAUUUGUCUGGCCACGCGGGCUGUGCAUUUAGAAUUGGUUUCCGACUAUUCGUCUCCAACGUUUCUACACGCCUUUUCGCGUUUCUGUUCUCGUCGGGGUUUGCCGAGUUCCGUUUACUCGGAUAACGGUACUACGUUCGUCGGAGCCGAUUGCGAAUUAACUGCAGCAUAUCGCACGGCAAUCCGAAAUACCGAUUUUCAAAAUUCUAUCGCGCAGGAUAACGUUGCUUGA